AUGAAUAGAUUAAAACAAACGAAUAAUAAUAUUUUAUCAACUGAAAAUAAUCUUAAAACAUUAAAAUUAAUUUAUGAUACAAAACAUAAAAUGUUAAGUCUUAGAAUUUUAUGUCAUCCAUUGAGAGAAAUUAUUGUUAAAUUACAAAAAGCACAAGAUAGAAUAUCAAUGGCGAAUCAAAAUGCACUUUAUCGUCGACAAUAUCGAAGAAAAAAACGACCAAAACAUAUAACAUUAUCAGGAAAUUAUUUUUUUAAUCCAAAUUCGGAUUCUCUUACACGUCGUUGGUCACUUGGAAAUAUUGAAAAUAAAGCUCCAAUAUUUAAUGAAUAUAUUUUUAUGUAUUUUAAAGAUCUUAAUGAUCAUAUAAUACAACUACAUGAUCGUAUUGAUACAUAUUGUGAUUUAUCAUCAAGUUUAAUGUCAUUUUAUAUGAUACUUAAUGAUGCUGAAAUGAAUAGAAUAAUGACAUUUCUUACAUUAAUUUCAGUUACUUUUAUUCCAUUAAUGUUUCUUAUUGGGCUAUUUUCAGUUAAUUUUCAUAAUACUCCACCAUUAAAAUGGCAUUAUGGGUAUUUUUGUGUUCUAGCUGCUUUAGGAUCUUCAGCUAGUAUUAUGAUUUCGUUUUUCAAAUGGAAAAAAUGGUUAUAA